AUGACAUUCCUGAAAGAAAAGGGCCUAGUCUGCAUAUCAGAGGAAGAUAAAGAUAUGGGUUUCUAUACACGUAGUGGUAAGCGCAAUGAUACCCUAAACUCAAUAAUUGAACCUGCUAAGGGGAAGUCUUUGGCGGUCGUGCAAAGGAAAGAGAAGCUAGAACUACCUGCUAAUGAGCCGGUAACGGAGAGAGAAGCUAAAAAAAUUUUGAAAUUCCUAAAACACAGUGAGUACAGUGCCGUGGAACAACUACACAAGCAGUCGGCUCACAUAUCAGUACUGGCUCUACUCUUAAGUUUGAAGACACACCGUAACGCACUUAUGAAGGUGUUAAAAGAGACCUAUGUCGCUGACGACAUUUCAGUAAACAAAUUAGACCGUCUUGUCAACAACAUCAGUGUUGAUAAUUUCAUCUUUUUUAAUGACGAUGAAAAUCCAUCAUGGGGCAUGGGAUCUACCAAGGCUCUGUAUAUCACUAUCUGUUGUAACGGGUACACAUUACUAGGAGUACUCAGUGGCAAUGGAUCGGCACUGAAUGUUUUGCCCCUAUCCACAUUAAACAGGCUUUUUGUGGACAGUUCUCAUAUGAAAUCGUGCCAAAAUAUAGUGAGAGCAUUUGAUGGUACUGAGAGGAAAGUUAUGGGAAGAAUUGAGAUACCUCUCUCGAUCGGUCCAAACAUGUAUGAGGUGGAUUUCUUGGUAAAUGACAUUAAACCAUCUUACAAUUGCCUAUUGGGGAGGCCUUGGAUCCACUCGGCAGGGGUUGUACCGUCAUCGCUUCACCAAAAGCUAAAGUUAGUAACGGAGCACCGAUUGAUAACUAUAUCUGCAGAAGAGGAUAUCAUUGCAUCGAUUAAUAAUGACGCACCAUAUAUAGAGGCUGAUAGUGAGACGAUAGAAUGUUCAUUCCGAGCAGCUUUCGUCAUCAAGGGAAGCAAAAUUCCAAUGCCUAAAAUAUCUAAAGCCACGAUGAUGGGUUCGCGACUGACAGUUGGAAAGGGGGCAUUACCUGGAAGAGGACUAGGAAAAAACCUCCAGGGACGGGUCAAAGUACCAUUCUUGACUGACAAACGGGACUGUUGUGGGGGAAUCAUUUACCCCAAGUGGAGGAAAGAAAUUACCGAAGAAACGACGGGAAAUUUAAACAUCAAUGCCAUAUCUGAAGAGGGAAUAGUGAAAGAAAACUUAUCAGGCAUCCGCCCUUAUGAGCCUGGAAGUGUUCUAAACAACUGGACUGAAGAAGAGAUCCCUGUAACUUUUAGAGCCAAUUCAGAGUAA